AAAAAUUCAAUGAUGUAUUAAAAUAUUUUAGUUGGCAACAGAAUCUGUGUCGAACAGAACAGAACCAGAGGUGGUGUUCGUUUAGAUUUUAGAUACAAGACAAGACGUCUGUUGCAGCGGUUUGCGAUGUCGCAUCAAACAGGCAUACAAGGCAGUGCAGAACUGAAAUCGUUCUUUAGCAAAUGUAAAGAUGGUAAUAUUCGAUCCUUCAAGGUUGUCAUUAAAGAUGAGGAAUUGAUUUUAGAUAAGAGCUUUGAGAAGACGGGCACAUGGGAACAAGAUUAUGAUAAAUCUGUCCUUCCUCUAAUAGAGUACCAGCAACCAUGUUAUGUAUUUUUUCGACUAGAUUCUACAAAUGAAGCUGGUUAUGAAUGGGUAUUUAUAAGUUGGGCUCCAGAUAACUCUCCAGUGCGACAAAAAAUGUUGCAUGCUUCUACCAAAGCUACUCUUAAAAAGGAAUUUGGUGGUGGACAAAUAAAAGAUGAAUUGUUUGGAACUGUUAAAGAAGAUGUCAAUUUAAGAGGUUAUAAGAAACAUAUUGAAAGCGAAAAAGCUCCUUGCCCUCUUAGUCCAUCUGAAGCAAUUUUGCAGCAGAUAAAGAAAGAUGAGGCGACUGGUGGAAUAGAUACUAAGCAUCAAACCAUGCAGGGAGUUUGUUUCCCUGUUUCAGAUGAUGUUAUUAAUGCUUUUUGUGAUAUCAAAGACCUCAGAGUUUCCUAUGUACAGAUGAGUAUUGACAUGGACAAAGAAGAAAUUAAUUUAGAGAAAAGAUUACAGAUCGAUGUUAACUCCUUAGCAAGUCAGAUUCCAUCAGAUCAUGCUAGAUAUCAUUUAUUUCGUAUGUCUCACUUCUAUGAGGGAGAUAACUUAAACAGUAUAGUUUUUAUUUAUUCUGUUCCUGGCUACAACUGCCCUGUUAGAGAAAGAAUGCUUUAUUCUAGCUGCAAAGCUCCUUUAUUGAAUGUGAUAGAAAACAAAAUUGGAAUAGAUCUCGCCAAAAAGAUUGAAAUUGAUGAUCCUGAGGAACUUACUGAAGAGUUUUUAUUAGAUCAAAUCCAUCCUAAGCAAAAUAUUUUCAAGCAAAAGUUUUCCAAGCCAAAAGGUCCAACUAAUCGAGGAGCCAGACGUUUAGUUAAAUCUCAAAACGACACAGAUUAAAUGUUAAAAUUCAUAGAAUACAUCUUAGUUUCAUGAUUGCAUCGUACCUACUGAACAUUUUAUAAAAUUUUAUUUACACUCUGGAUAUUCUGUUUUUUAUGACAAUGUAUAAUUGUUUUUGUAAUUUCACUAUUAAAACUAUCAUUUGAAUUUAAAAAAA